AGGACUUCCCAAUCCAAAUCACAACCAAGAGAGGGGGUGGGUUCCUUGGAAUAAGUCUGUUUUAUGCUUGAAAUGAUUUGACUUUUUUUUAUACACAUCACAACCACGCAAAUACGGUGGUAAAAUUCGGGUGUUUGAUAGUUAGCUUCAAUAUGCUGUUGUGGGAGAAACAUGGAGUGAGAACCGAGCUUCGCUGCCCGCAAGGUCGACAGACCGAGGAACAAGAGGCGCCAUUAAAGCUCAGGGUCCGGGAUUUAGCAAACAAAUAACCGUAGCCCGAAUAAAUAGUUACGUUUGUGCAUACAACGAGCCACCAUUGCCUUCUUUUUUCCCUUCAGCGUUAGCAUCACAGCCUCCCUGACACACAGUCCUGCGCGUACGUACUCGACUCUCCUCGUGUAUUCCUGCGCAAAGGGGUUGUGCUUUCAGAGGGAGGAGGGGGUGUGGAGCGUAAACUGAAACCCAAAAUAUUCACGAACAUCCUUAAGGUGCAUUAAACUGCAUGUUUUAGAAACGUCGUUUCUUGUCAACCACAAACGCCCCGGUGCUCGAGAUGUUUGUCCGCAUCGACGCGCGGCACGUUGUGCUUAAGAGGGGACUAUUUAGCGAGAGCGCGGAAGGCUCGAGCGACGCGCCGGAUCUUCUUUCAGUGUGUGUUGGGUGAAUGGAGGCGCAGCUCUUCCUGGUGAACAAACACUGACAACUAUAGGGCAGCCCAGCGAUACCCGCUUCCCAGAACGGCCACACACACCUUCUCCUUCACCCCCAAAACAACCCUAAACAUGGCUGCUGAGCGUAAACACGUCGCGCAGUUGAAAUCCGAACUGUACUUCCUAAUAGCCCGAUUUUUAGAAGCUGGACCUUGUCAGGACGCGGCAGAGACCUUGAUACGGGAGGUUCAGGAGAAGGAGCUGUUACCCAAAAGGAUUGACUGGACUGGCAAAGAACACCCAGGGAGUUACGAAAAUUUGGUCAAAUUGUACAGGCACAUUUCUUCAGAUCACCUGUUGCAGGUGUGUGAGCGAGUGAGCCCUCUUUUAGAGAGGGAAGUGCCAGCCAGUGUACCUGGAGUCAACUCACUGCUGGGAGCCGGACGACAGUCAGUGCUGCGUACAAACAAGAGUUGUAAGCACGUGGUAUGGAAGGGGUCCGCCCUCGCUGCCCUGCACUGUGGCAGGCCACCAGAGCCGCCAGUCAUCUAUGGAAGCCCGCCCAAUAUUGUGGAAACAGUAUACAGUCGGAGGCUGAAUGGCUCAUAUCGGUUGGGUCAGCUGGUCCCUACAGCUGUUUACCAACAUAUGAAGAUGCACAAGAGAAUUCUGGGCCACCUGUCAUCUGUGUACUGUGUCACCUUCGACCGCACCGGUCGUCGCAUCUUCACAGGUUCAGACGACUGUUUGGUGAAGAUCUGGGCGACGGAUAACGGGCGUUUGCUGGCGACACUGAGAGGUCAUGCGGCAGAGAUUUCAGACAUGGCUGUGAAUUAUGAGAACACCCUGCUGGCAGCCGGCAGCUGUGAUAAAAUGAUCAGAGUGUGGUGCCUGCAGACCUGCGCCCCGCUGGCAGUACUGGAGGGCCACGCUGCAUCCAUCACGUCAUUACAGUUUUCUCCUCUGUGCAGUGGCAAUAAGAGGUUCCUGUCCUCGACUGGAGCUGACGGCACCAUCUGUUUCUGGCAGUGGGAUGCACGCACGCUCAAAUUUGGGCAGCGACCCAGCAAAUUCAUCGAGCGGCCCAGACCAGGCGUGCAGAUGAUCUGUUCCUCUUUUAGUGCAGGUGGGAUGUUCCUUGCGACAGGCAGCACUGAUCACAUCAUUAGGGUUUAUUACUUUGGAGGUGGACAACCAGAGAAGAUAUCAGAGCUGGAGUCUCACACUGAUAAAGUCGACAGCAUCCAGUUCUCCCAUAGUGGAGAUAGGUUUGUGAGCGGCAGUAGAGAUGGCACAGCACGGAUAUGGCAGCUGCAGCAGCAAGACUGGCGGAGCAUUCUCCUGGACAUGGCCACCAAAUUACCUGGCAAGUACAACCCUCCACCUUUAGAAGACAAAGUUACCAAACUGAAGGUGACUAUGGUGGCCUGGGAUUGCAAUGACAACACGGUCAUCACCGCUGCGAACAACUUGACAUUGAAAGUGUGGAACUCUUACACAGGGAACCUUAUUCAUGUAUUGAUGGGCCACGAGGAUGAGGUGUUUGUGUUGGAGCCACAUCCAUUUGAUUCAAGAGUGCUUUUCUCUGCUGGUCAUGACGGGAACGCCAUCGUCUGGGAUCUGGCAAGAGGAGUCAAAAUACGCUCUUACUUCAAUAUGAUCGAGGGGCAGGGACACGGUGCGGUCUUUGACUGUAAGUGUUCUCCAGACGGACAGCACUUUGCUUGCACUGACUCUCACGGUCACCUGCUCAUCUUCGGCUUUGGCUCUAGCAGCAGAUACGAUAAGAUAGCAGAUCAGAUGUUCUUCCACACUGAUUAUCGGCCGCUGAUCCGUGAUGCCCAUAACUUCGUGCUGGACGAACAGACCCAGCAAGCACCCCACCUCAUGCCCCCACCGUUCCUGGUGGACGUGGAUGGGAACCCUCACCCUCCACGAUACCAGAGACUGGUUCCCGGCAGAGAGAACUGUAGAGAGGAACAGCUCAUACCCCAGAUGGGACUUACGUCAUCGGGGCUGAAUCAAGUGGUUAGUCAACAGGCUGCAGAAGGCUCUAGUCCUCUUGAUAGUAUGAUCCAGAGACUACAGCAAGAGCAGGACCAGAGACUGGGGUCUGACACCAGAUCCAACAGAGGAUCUGUCAGUUCUCCCACAGAAGUCUCUUCUCCACCUAACGUGGGUCUGAGACGGAGUGGACAGAUCGAAGGUGUUCGACAGAUGCACAGUAACGCUCCGCGCAGUGAAAUCGCUACCGAGAGAGACCUGGUGGCGUGGAGUCGACGGGUCCUCGUUCCUGAACUAUCACCAGCCAUAGCUUGUAAGCAGGAGAUCUGGCGUACAGCUAAAGGGGAGGAGGAGAUCAACAUCUACAGAUCAGAGAGGAGGAGACGUAGCUUACACAGCCAGUACCACAGAGAAAACCGGCAUGCUAUAGAAAAUGCUGUGGAGGAGGGCCGCCGUUACCAGGGUAACCAGCAUAACUACCAUACACGAUUGGCCGUGGAGGAAACGAGUCGUCAGAGUGAACAAAACGAGGAAGAACACAGUGCCUCUGAGGGAGAGACGGAAGCAAGACCUCCGAGCAGAGAAUCAUCAGAUGAAGAGAGAGAGGAAAAAGAACCCUGGCCUGAUGAUAACAGCAGCUCCAGUGAUUACUCCAGCGAUUACUCAGACUGGACAGCAGAUGCUGGCAUAAACCUCGAACCGCCCAAGAAGACCAGCGUAAAGAAAAAGAAGAAGAAUACCAGCAGCUCAGAAGAAGAUGGAGAGAAGAAAAAAGACUCCAAGAAGGAGAGGAGGAAAGAAAAGCAGGACAAAGAUGGAGCUCUACCAAAGAAGAAGAAGCCAAAGGAGAAACGGAAGAGGAUACCUGAACUGCAGAACAAGGGUUUGACAUUAGAGGAAUGGCUGCCCUCACCCUGGAUCACUGACACCAUGCCACGGAGAUGCCCCUUCACCCCACAGAUGGGCGAUGAGGUAUAUUAUUUCCGUCAAGGCCAUGAAGCUUACGUGGAGAUGGCCAAAAAAAACAAGAUCUUCAGUAUAAAUCCUAAAAAACAGCCUUGGCACAAGUUAGAGCUUAGGGAGCAGGAGCUGUUGAAGGUAGUGGGCCUCAAAUAUGAGGUCGGUUUGCCAACUCUGUGCUGUCUGAAGCUGGCCUUCCUGGACCCAGACACUGGCAAACUGACGGGCGGCUCCUUCUCUAUGAAAUACCACGACAUGCCUGAUGUCAUUGACUUCCUUGUACUUCGGCAGCAGUUCGAUAAUGCAAGACAGAGGAACUGGAUGAUAGGUGAUCGUUUCCGGUCAGUGAUAGAUGACGCCUGGUGGUUUGGUACGAUUGAGAGUCAGGAGCCUUAUCAGGCUGAAUAUCCGGACUCUCUGUUCCAAUGCUACAACGUCUGCUGGGAUAAUGGAGAUACAGAAAAGAUGAGCCCAUGGGACAUGGAAGAGAUUCCCAAUGAAGCAGUAUUUCCUGACGAGUUAGGCCUGAGUGUGCCUCUAACUGAGGAGGAGCAGAAGGCCUUGUUGUACAAGCCCCUAGAGGGAGAGUGGGGCUCACGCACACGUGACGAAGAGUGUGAGCGCGUCAUCAGGGGCAUCGACCAGCUUUGCACUUUGGACGUGGCUGUACCAUUUGAAUUGCCAGUGGACUUGCAGGCAUAUCCUACGUACUGCACCGUGGUUGCUUACGUCACAGAUCUGAGCACCAUCCGACAAAGACUAGAGAACCGUUUCUAUAGACGAAUGUCGUCGUUGAUGUGGGAGGUACGCUACAUUGAACACAAUGCUCAAACCUUCAAUGAACCAGGAGCUUUCAUUGUCAGAACUGCCAAAUUCGUAUCUGACCUCAUGCUACAAUUCAUCAAGGACCAAAGUUGUACAGAUAUUAUUCCACUAUAUAACAGUAUGAAGAAAACGGCUUUCUCAGAUUCAAGUGAUGAUGAAGAUGAGGACGAAGAGCAUGAGGCACCUUGUACAUCUAGCAGAAAUAAGAAGAGGCAGCGGCAGCAGCCUAUGCUGAGGAGUCUGCGCAGUAAACCUUCGUCAGACCCCCAGGCCUGGAAGGGGCGCUGCAGAGAGCUGCUGGAGCUCAUCUUUCAAUGUGAAGAUUCAGAGCCUUUCAGACAACCUGUGGAUCUGGAGGACUAUCCGGACUACUUGGACAUUGUGGACACUCCUAUGGACUUUGGGACUGUCUUGAACCGCCUGUUAGCAGGAGAGUAUGACACUCCUAUGGAUCUUUGUAAAGAUGUACGUCUCAUCUUCAGCAACUCCAAAGCCUACACACCCAGCAAAAAGUCCAGGAUCUACAGCAUGAGUCUGCGAUUGUCCGCUCUGUUUGAAGAACAUAUCAGUUCGAUCCUGACUGAUUUUAAAGCUGCUCAAAGUCUGCAGAAUGAGCGAUUCACCCGUCAGCGUCUGCACACGGAGCGCUUGACCAGACAGUCUGUGAAGAGGAGAAGGAGCUCUUCACCUUCAAGCUCCGCCUCUAGUCCAGAAAGGAAGCGGCGGGUCUCCUCACGCUCUGCUCCUCGAUCGGACAAUACAGCGCCGCCCACUCCUGCUGGACCUUCCCGGGCUCCUUCUUUACGGCAAACACAUCCACAAAUCAACGGCAAGGCUGAGCCUCCUGUUGUCCCUGGUCGGACCCGCAGCUCGGCCCGUUUUGGAACACAACUCACAGAUGCACCCUCUGCACAGUCAGCUCCUCCCCCUCCCGCUGCCCACAGUAAGGUGGCAGAGCCCUCCUCCAGAGUCCUGCGCACACAGAACUCUCACUCCAUUGGUGUCUCUAGGGAAUCGGAGCGCUCUGCGGUUUCCCACAGCAAUGAGGGCGGAGCCAGAGAGUCUCGCAGGAAGCUUCGGACACCUGUUAAACUCACACCAGGUCCAGUCGAUCACAACUCUCCUCCUCAGAACAGUUUGCAUUUGAAUGGUCAUAGUCAAGUGACUGUGGGAGUGGUACGAAGAGGCCGGGGCAGACCCAGAUUAGACGCACAAAUACAGACGCCAGUAGUGGUACCGCCACCCCCGUUGCCCCAGGCCUCUGGAAAAAAGAGAGGGAGGAAAAGCAAGAAAGACCUGGAUUCCCUACGAAGAGACUCCGACCAUGAGGACGAGAUGCUUCUGUCUACAGGUGAUGAGGGCGGGGCUUCUUCUACAGCCCAGGACAGUAGUCUUUCAGAUUCAGGGGUAGUGACUCCAGAGUGUCCGAAACCACGAGGCAGACCACGAAUCACCAGAACGACAGAUACUCCACCUCCUUCAAGCCCCAAAACUCUCAGAAGGAGCAGUCGGCGUGGCAAUGAGGAGACCACGGCCCCUACGCCAGGCCCCGCCCUAAGGGAGGAGCCUGAAAUUUAUAUGGGAGAGGAUGGGAGCUCGAAAGGGCAGAUGAGAACACGUAACCAGGGCCGAAGGACAGCUUUCUAUAACGAAGAAGACUCUGAGGAGGAGCAAAGACAGCUUUUGUUUGAGGAUGCCUCCAUUACUUUUGGCACGUCAAGCAAGGGGAGAGUCCGCAAGCUCACCGAGAAGGCCAAAGCCAACCUUAUUGGCUGGUAACAAUGCCAACUUUGCAUGUCCUAUGCGACACAACCCCCUUAUCCUCGCCCCGCUGGGGAGGGGGAACCAUUCCUGCUGCUAUCAGACUGUCAUGAUUAUCUGAAUCUUUCAUUCUGACUUUCUAAAUUGAUUAUCAAGUUUUGAAUCUUUGACUCUUUUGGUGACUUCAAGAGUCACAGCCCCUUGAAAUCCCCCAACUUAUACAUUUUCUUCCACAGAUAAAUCACAAAUGCAGUUAAAUACUGAUUUUCAUAUGCACUAUAUUUGAAUGCCAGUGAAGAAAAGGUACUUACACAGUCUUAUGAAUCCAAAUACCUGAUUUCAUCUCUCAAGAAAGCACUUAUGUGAGGAUGGUUGAGUGUGUGUGUGUGAGAGUGAAAUAACUUGAGUCUUGUUUCUUUAAACUGUUAAUUUUAUGCAUUGUUUUUACACAGUUGUUGCUAAGGGCAACAAAUCAAACACUUGUUCAAAAAAAUCUAUUUUUAACAGAUCAUUGUGUAAGUGGCUGUAAAGCUGCAGCGGAGUGCAGAGAAGGACCUCAUAAAUUGCCCGUGUUGUCUUUUUAACGUCUUUCUCUGCAAGUCAAGAUCAGUGGCAGUGGUAAUUCACGCAUGUUUUUAUAUAAUUAGCAAUACCUUGUGCCUUUUCAUACGUUCGAUACAUUAUGGCUCCUUUGUACUCCCCAGUUUGUGUGUGAGUGUGUUUGAUGCUUUAACGUAUUGAUUAAUUCAGUACAAAUGUGUGUUAAUGAUCUGUUGUUAUGAUAGAGAUUAGUGAGCAGCAUAUCUCCACAUGACCACUGUGUGUGUGUGUGCGCGUGUGUAUUGAGUUCAUGCGGUCGUUGAGGUGUGUGUUAUAAUAUUGACAUCACUCCGUGCCUGUUUUAUCGGGCUCCCAGAAUGCACUGUGAUCCCUAACUAGAUAAAUACAGUGACCACAAAAAGUGUUUUGGCACUUAAGCCGCAGCUUUAAAAUGUCUGAAUGUCAUUGCAUUAGAGAAUGAUAUACAAAUCAGAGGGCAUCUGCAAACAAAUGAAGGUAUUAAGGUCUUAAAACAAGCAACACCUUCAUUUUGAGGCUUUUCUCGACAAAUAUUAAUAUACAGUAAACAAUACUUUUUUUCUAAAGUUUUGGAUCUGUAAGAUUUUUUUUUUUUUUCAUGUUUUUGAAAAGUCUUUUAUGCUCAUUAAGGCUACAUGU